GUUUUUCUGUAUUUGCAAAGUAGUCUAGUACAUCAAGUUUAGGCCUUCUGCAAUUUUCUUAUUUGUGUCUAACACCAUUUGUAUUACAAAUAAAAGUUAAAAAUGUUGGGGCGCACAGGUCUUUUGGCUCGUAACAUUACCCAGAGCCUGGUCAGGCACCACAGCCAUGGUGGUAUUCCCGGAGAGAACUUGCCCUUUGGCUUAACUAACCGCUACAAGUUGACCGCAUAUUUCGUUCUUUUCUUUGGAUCUGGAUUAGCUGCUCCAUUCUUGGUGGUCAGACAUCAGCUGCUGAAGAAGUAAAAUUUUAGAUUCCAAUUCGUAAGCAUGAAAAUUAAAUUUCGCGAAGGCUACACCUAUCAAGUGUAUAAUUUAUGAUUAAGAUUAAAGAGGAAUCAUAUUCACAAAUAAAACACUCUAUGUCAUACUAGAA